UACAUAUCCGCGAGCAGCGGCGUUCGAAUCGAAGCCGCGAGACACAACCAACAUUUUUAAAUCACCAAGAGAUUACUCAUUUUUAGCGUGUGAAUGUGAUCAUACAGUUGCACGAUCUAGAAAUAUAAUUCGAAAAGUCCAAAGUGCGGAUGUACUAAUUUUUAAACCAGCAAAACAAAAACUUUUAAAUUUUUGGAAAGAAGAAAAAAUUAAAAUAAUUAAAAUGUGGCUGAGUGUUAUAUCGAUAGUCCUCGUGAGUUCCUUCGUUCACAAUGUCCAAGCGGCACCCAUCAAUGACAAUUCAGCACUAUUAUAUCUCUCACAAUUUGGAUACAUACCAAAAUCAAGAUUUAAUUCGAGUGCCAUUGUGGAUCAUGAUAAAUUCUCAUCAGCCAUUGCAGAUUUUCAAAGUUUCGCUGGAUUAAACGUCACUGGUUCUUUGGACGAUGAAACCGUUCAAACUAUGAGUCUUCCCAGGUGUGGUGUACAAGAUAAAGUCGGUACAGGAAAUGACAAGCGUUCCAAGCGUUAUGCGCUGCAAGGCAGCAGAUGGAAGGUGAAGGACUUGGUGUUCAAAAUUACCAAGUAUCCGAAAAAAUUAAAGCGCAACGACGUAGAUAAAGCCAUCCAGACAGCUUUCAAUGUUUGGUCAAGGUAUACAGACCUCACAUUCACGCCGUCAAGCAGGGCGCCAUCUUCUAGGGUGCACAUCGAAAUCCGUUUUGAGGCUGGUGAGCAUGGCGAUGGUGAUCCUUUUGAUGGACCAGGCGGUACCUUGGCUCAUGCUUAUUUCCCGGUUUAUGGCGGUGAUGCUCAUUUUGAUGCCGAAGAGAUCUGGACUAUUGGUGAAUAUAAGGGAACUAGUCUCCUUCAGGUGGCUUCUCAUGAGUUUGGGCAUUCUCUUGGUUUGAGCCAUUCGGACGUGCGAGAAGCCUUAAUGGCACCUUUCUAUCGAGGCUAUGAUCAAUUUCGAUUUGAUGAUGAUGAUGUACAAGCUAUACAGGCAUUGUACGGUAAGAAAACGCAAAAGACAAGCAAAGGCGGUGGAAGUCCUUCAUGGGGCAGUAGUGAUGAUGAUUCGACCAACAGUCCAUCGGCACCUGGGCCUACCAGCAAUAAAUUAUGCAAAGAUUCCAAAAUUGACACUAUCUUUAACUCUCAUGACGGUAGGACGUUUGUUUUCAAAGGUGAUGAAUACUAUCAAUUGACUGAAGAUAGUGUCCUGAAUGGUUACCCAAAGAAAAUUGCUCAAAGCUGGCCAGGGCUCCCAGGAAACAUUGAUGCUGCCUUUACCUAUAAAAACGGAAAGACGUACUUCUUUAAAGGAAAACAAUACUGGCGAUAUGUUGAUAGCAAAAUGGACGGCAACUAUCCCAAGGAUAUUAGUGUUGGAUUUGCUGGUAUUCCUGAUGACAUUGAUGCAGCAACAGUCUGGACAGGAAAUGGUAAAAUAUAUUUCUACAAAGGUUCCAAAUUCUGGCGAUUUGAUCCAACACUGCACCCACCAGUAAAGUCCGCUUACCCGAAACCAAUCUCCAAUUGGCAAGGCCUACCGAACGGUUUGGACGCUGCCUUCAAGGACAAAAAUGGCUACACAUAUUUCUUCAAGGACAACGCAUACUACCGCUUCAAUGAUCGUGCCUUCGCCGUAGAAAACACCAAUCCUGCCUUCCCACGUUCCACCGCACACUGGUGGUUCGGGUGCAAAGAAGCACCACGUGGCACGAUAGGUACCCUUGGUUUUAUAAGCGAGGCGGAUGAGAGCGACGACAGCAACAAUUCACCCGGAGACUUCGAUAGCUCUUUGGACGCAGGUAUUUAUCACGCGGAUGGAGCACCCCGUGCACCCGAUUCGGGAUCUCAUCAACUCGCCGCAUCGUGUACCCUUACGGCGAUCGUAUCGUUUUUAGUACUGUUUUUCCUUAAGUCUGCGUAACACAUAAAAUGGACGGGCGACGACGUCUCGGUUUCGUUUUGUAAACGACUGACUAUUUUUAAUAAUCGUGUGAUCUUAACCCAACACACGUUUGUGCACUUUGGUGCCCCAGUCGGGUUUGGACAACUAACGUCAGGUUAAUGUGAAUGCGAAGGUGAAGAUGUGGAAGAAGAAGCUGGCAUCUGAUACGUAUUAUGUGAUGUAAUAAAAUGCUCGAUUGGGUCCGGGAUGCUAAACAUGGUGUGUUCGAAAGUAUAUAUUUUAAUACUGCCCUCGGGGGCACGACCAAGUUGUUGCUGUUGUCUCAUAUGAUAGCAAGCAACGAUUGAUUUGUUAAUGACUAUUUGUACGACAUAUUUUUAGUAGGUAUUAUUAACUCCUGUGUAAAUAUUAAUGAAUAAAGAGCGUAAAUGAA